AUGGCCAAACCAUACGCAAGCCAACCACUAUAUCAUAGCAUCGUCCUACCAGUAUCCCUUGAGCACCCCACGGCAGUGCUCGUACAGGACAUGUCCACCAACCCCCACACGUUAGGGCUGUGGAAUAUUGCCCACCCUACGUUUCAUCAGACGCUGGAAGGUCAGAUUGAUGGUCUUAUGGCAUCAGCAGUCUCACAUGGCGGCCAGAUAUAUGCAACUGGGUCUGAUACAGGUAUAUUGAAUUUGUGGAACACGGCUAUGAGUAUGGCAGUGCAAUCCCAAAUCAAAAUCGCUUCAGGAAAGUUAGAGCAUCGCCUUAAUCGUGUUCAUACUUUUGCGUUCUCUCCCAAUGGCGAGCUAAUCUCUGAUUGGGGCGAUGGCAUUGUACGCCUGUGGGACCUACGGGUCGGCAAUGGAGACUCAACCUCUGUUUCCCAUACUUCUUCAAUUCAUUCUAUUCAUCCCUUGCCCCGUAAAUUCAACUUGGUUCUCUUGGUCACGCUUGAUGGCGCAACCCUCUGGGAUUUCCCCACAGGCACUCCACAGAACCAGCUCGAGGCUUUCAAAAAUCCCAUUACUGGCCCUGAAUUCUCUGGCGACGGCCGCCUUGUUGCAGCAUUUGCGGAAGAGACAAUCAUGGUUUGGGACACAGGCAGUGGGAAAAUUAUUCGGGCGUUGGAGUUGGAUAUUGACAAUUCAGAUAUUGAGUUUUACGCCAGUAUAAAGGCUGCUUUCCGGCCGGAUAGCAAGGUCAUUACAUAG